AUGGCAACCCGCGAAAUCAUAAAACGCAAAAUCGUCAUUGUCGGCGAUGGAGCGUGCGGAAAAACAUCGUUACUUUGCGUAUUUACAUUAGGAGAAUUCCCCAAAGAAUAUCAUCCAACUGUCUUUGAAAACUAUGUAACAGACUGUCGUGUUGAAGGCAAAUCAGUCCAGCUGACUUUAUGGGAUACAGCCGGUCAGGAAGAAUACGAAAGAUUACGCCCAUUAUCAUAUUCAAAAGCUCAUGCCAUCUUAAUAGGAUUUGCUGUUGAUAGUCCUGACAGUUUAGAAAAUGCAAAAACAAAGUGGAUAGAAGAGGUCAAUGAAUUAUGCCCUGGAGUGCCGGUACUACUCGUUGGCCUUAAAAAGGAUCUCCGCACAAACCCUGUGGCGGUUGAAGAGGUCCGUAAACGUUCGUCAUACUUUGUGUCCCCUGAAGAGGCUCAGCAAGUUGCAAAAGAAAUAGGGGCACGCAGAUAUCUCGAGUGCUCAGCGCUUACCGGUGAAGGUGUUGAUGAUAUCUUUGAGGUUGCUACCCGUGCAUCUCUGCUUGUUAACACUGUCCCGCCUCAUUCAUCUUGCUGCAUUAUUCUAUAA